GCCUGCAGCCCGGGGACCGCCGCUUCCGCUCCGAGAGCAAGAUGGCCGCAGCUGGGGGCGGCUCCACGGCCAGCUGGGGCAGUUGUGGCCUUCGCCUUCUGUCAUUCUGCGUCCUGCUGGCAGGUUUGUGCUGGGGAAACUCAGUGGAGAGGAAGAUCUACAUCCCCUUAAAUAAAACAGCUCCCUGUGUUCGUCUGCUCAAUGCUACUCAUCAGAUUGGCUGCCAGUCUUCCAUCAGUGGGGACACAGGAGUUAUCCACGUGGUGGAGAAGGCGGAAGACCUGCAGUGGGUGCUGACAGAUGGCCCCAACCCCCCAUAUGUGGUGCUGCUGGAGGGCACACUCUUCACCAGGGAUCUGAUGGAUAAGCUGAAGGGGAAAAACACCCGAAUUGCCGGACUCGCAGUAUCCUUGGCCAAGCCCAGCCCGGCCACCGGCUUCUCGCCCAGUGUGCAGUGCCCCAAUGAUGGGUUUGGCAUUUACUCAAGCUCCUAUGGACCAGAGUUUGCUCACUGCAAAGAAGUGGUGUGGAAUACUCUGGGUGAUGGCUUGGCCUAUGAAGAUUUUAGUUUCCCCAUCUUUCUUCUAGAAGAUGAAAAUGAAACCAAAGUCAUCAAGCAGUGCUAUCGAGACCACAACCUGGGUCAGAACGGCUCUGCGCCCACCUUCCCCCUGUGUGCCAUGCAGCUCUUCUCACACAUGCACGCCGUCAUCAGCACUGUCACCUGCAUGCGGCGCAGCUCCAUCCAGAGCACUUUCAGCAUCAACCCAGAGAUUGUGUGUGACCCUCUGUCUGACUACAACGUAUGGAGCAUGCUCCGGCCUAUAAAUACAUCAGGGACCCUGGAGCCAGAGAACAGGGUUGUGGUUGCUGCCACCCGGUUGGACAGCCGAUCCUUCUUUUGGAAUGUGGCCCCUGGGGCUGAAAGCACAGUUGCCUCCUUUGUCACCCAGCUGGCUGCAGCGGAAGCUUUGCAGAAGGCCCCUGAUGUGACCACCCUGCCCCGCAAUGUCAUGUUUGUCUUCUUUCAAGGGGAAACAUUUGACUACAUCGGUAGCUCAAGGAUGGUCUACGACAUGGAGAAGGGCAAGUUUCCUGUGCAGCUGGAGAACAUCGACUCCUUUGUGGAGCUGGGACAGGUGGCCCUAAGAAAUUCACUAGAGCUUUGGAUGCACACAGACCCCAUGUCUCAGAAAAAUGAUUCUGUGCAGAAGCAGGUGGAGGCACUUCUGAACACGCUGAACAACAGUGCCACUGGUGUCCCUACCGUGGUCCUCAAGAGACCCAACCAGUCCCAACCCCUCCCACCAUCUUCCCUGCAGCGGUUUCUCCGGGCUCGCAAUAUCUCUGGCGUUGUCCUUACGGACCACUCUGCUGCCUUCCAUAACCGUUAUUACCAGAGCAUUUACGACACUGCUGAGAACAUCAACAUCAGCUAUCCCAAAGGGAAGAGCCCAGAAGAGGACCUGAAUGUGGUCACAGACACUGCCAAGGCCCUGGCAGAUGUGGCCACGCUGCUGGGACGCGCCCUGUACCAGCUUGCAGGAGGCACCAACUUCACAGACUCCAUCCAGGCUGAUCCCCACACGGUCACCCGCCUGCUCUAUGGGUUCCUGGUUAGAGCCAAUAACUCCUGGUUCCAGUCCAUCCUCAGGCAAGACCUACGUGCCUACUUGGGGGACGGGCCUCUGCAGCACUACAUCGCUGUCUCCAGCCCCACCAACACUACGUACGUUGUGCAGUACGCCCUGGCAAACCUGACUGGCAUGGUGGUCGACCUUACUCGAGAGCAGUGUCAGGACCCAAGUAAAGUCCCCACUGAGAACAAGGAUCUGUAUGAAUACUCGUGGGUGCAGGGUCCUUUGGACUCCAAUGGGACAGAGCGGCUGCCCCACUGUGUGCGUUCCACGGCACGGCUGGCCAGGGCCUUGUCCCCUGCCUUUGAACUGAGGCAGUGGGGCUCCACAGAAUACUCUACAUGGACAGAGAGCCGCUGGAAGGACAUCAGUGCCCGGAUAUUUCUGAUAGCCAGCAAGGAGCUUGAGUUCAUCACCCUGAUGGUGGGCUUCGGCAUCCUUGUCUUCUCGCUCGUUGUCACCUACUGCAUCAAUGCCAAAGCUGACGUCCUCUUCAUUGCUCCCCGGGAGCCGGGAGCCGUGUCUUACUGAGGUGGACUCCAGGUUGUCCUGCCAGCUCUGCACUUCACUUCCUGGUCACUGUCCCGCUGGGACAGAAGCCACUAGCUUGUCACUGGAAUCUCUAGGCCUGGCUCAGCCUGGGUCUAACAGAGAGGUGGGACUGCCAGCAAGAGACUGUGAGAGAUAAACAAGUCGCCCUCCCCAGCUCCCCUCCUGGCUGCCAUUCACUCUCCUCUUUCUCCCCCACUGCAUUCCGGGAUCACAAAUAGAAGCACAUGCUCCUAUUUGACUCCCUUAAUUCCCACCUUAACGUCCUCUUUUUCUCGGCACUCUUCUAUCCUACAUCUGUCCUGUCCAAGCCCCCAACCCCCACGCCUGCCCUACCCUGCCACCCUCCUGAUCAGGGAGAAGAACUUGGGCUGAAGCCAGGAACAAGCCCCAGGAGGAUGAGGAACCACAGGCCCAGCCUACAUCCCUUCUCACUGUCCUCCUCCAGGCCCUUCGAUGGCACAGCAGUGUGGGCACGCUGCUGGGUGGGUGUGCAACCUCCAGCCCACAGUGCUUGGUCAUCAUUUUUACUACGCUGUAAUAUCUAUUUUUGUUGGGUCCCCCCACCUUGUUUUGGGUGUAAAUAUAUAAAUAGCAAGUUUCGUUAAAAUAGGUCCCACACAACGUGUACCGUUACCUGUUUUUUCUGGACUGGAAGUCAUGAAAUUGUCACCUCACACACUCACUCCUGGGUCUCCAGAGGCCCAUAGAAAGCUCUGUCAAAGGUAGUAUGUCCACCCAGUUUUUCUUGUAAGAACAGUGUUAGCAUAGUUUGUCCUCCUUCGUAUUAGAUGAGUGUUUAUUUGCUCAGACUGGCCAGAGUACAUUGGUGAGGGAGUCCACUCUGACCCUUGAGGGGAGAGACAGAUAGACACCACCAGGUGUGAGCAGUAUGAUAAGUGGGACACUUACAGUAGUAAGUUAGGGGGCUCAGCCACCUAGAAGCAUUGGGGUUGCACCUCAGAGUCCCUGGGUGGAAGCACAGAGCUGAGCAGAGGCCCAGCCGUGUUAGGGAUUUGGAGUUUCUUGUGUGCCUGAACCUUAGGUUCGGCAGGAUGGGCUGGGAGUACGGCCCACUAAGACCUUUGGGCUCUCUAUUGAUUGUGGUGGGUAUUGCACAGACCAGACAAGAACUGUUUUGGAUACUUCUAGAAAGAGAGCCUCUGGUCUUUGGAGAGUGUCUAACUCCUUGGGCCUUUGUGGAGACAAAAUUCCAAAAUAGAGCAGAAUUGCUAAAUGUUGGAGUCACUGAAGGGAAAGAAAGUCAUAGGAGCACAGCUGAAGCCAGUUUUCUCCCAGUCCUGAGGGCAGUAGGGGAUGCGGGACUAGCCCUUGGGUGCUCCCCUUAGGCCC